CAAAGAGCUCUUUCAUUAUUUCCUGAGUUGCCUGAGAAGAAGUAUCCCUGGUGGUGGUGUGGUGAUGGCAUUCUGGGCUUCUGUGUUUAUUCUCUUGGUGACCACUGUCCUGGUAGGGCUGUACAGGCUGGGGGCCUUGCGCCAGAGGAGAACCAGAGAGCCCCCUCUGGACAAAGGCCCCAUCCCCUGGCUGGGCCAUGCCAGGGAGUUUUGUAAGGAUGCCUCCAAUUUCCUGAAGAGGAUGCAAGAACGUCAUGGAAACAUCUUCACUGUUCAGAUUGCUGGCCAAUACAUCACCUUUAUCGCAGAUCCCUUCUCUUUUGAUGUCAUCCUGAAGGAGAACAGAAACAAGCUGGAUUUUUCCAAGUUAAUAGCUGACUAUAUGUUGAAGGUGUUUGAGUUUCAAGGACAGGAAUGUCAUGGAAAUAUCAUGCAUACUUUGACCUCAAAGCACUUAAUGGGGACUGGUCUAGUUGGUCUGACCCAGGCCAUGAUGGACAGUCUAAAGGUCCUGAUGCUGGAACCUGAUGCUGACAUGAGCCCAGGAGCCCAGGAGUGGAAGCAGGCAGGGCUCUUUCAAUACUGCUACAACAUUGUCUUCAGAGCUGGUUACCUGACAUUGUUUGGGAACAUCCCCACUAAUGGUAAGGCUGACCAUGCUCAGGACCUUUUGGAAUCCCAGAAAGUCUAUGAGGAAUUCAGGAAAUUUGACAUUCUCUUUCCCCAGAUGUUUUACCCUGUGCUCCUGCCCAAGGAGAAGCAAGAAAUGAGGAGGCUCAAACACUUCUUCUGGGAUAUUCUCUCUCCGUGGCACAUCAUGGAGAAAGAUAAUGUCAGUGGAUGGAUCCGUUCUGCUCAGGAGCACCAGGCCAAUGAUGGAGUGUCUGAGAUAGAACAGAGCCACUUUAACCUGAUACUGCUAUGGGUAUCCAGUGGCAACACAGGUGUUGUAGCCUUCUGGGCCCUCCUCUUCCUCAUGAAGAAUCCCAAGGCUCUGAAGGCUGUGAGAGAGGAGGCAGAAAGAGUCCUCAGGAGAAUGGGGCACGAGGUGAGACCAGGUGGGGUGCCCAUAAAUAUUGAGUAUAGCAUGCUGCAGCAGACCCCAGUGCUGGACAGUGUCAUGGAGGAGACAUUACGCUUGGUGGUUACCCCUUUCCUGACCAGGGGUAUUGUGGAGGACAUGAUCCUGAAAAUGGAUGAUGGCAGGGAGUAUGCCCUCCGCCAGGGAGAUGAAGUUUCCAUCUUCCCCUACCUGUUCCUCCAUAUGGACCCAGAAAUCUACCCAGACCCCUCUACAUUCAAAUAUGACCGUUUCCUGAACCCUGAUGGCAGCAGAAAGGUAGCUUUCUACAAGCAAGGGAAAAGGGUCAAACCACACAUGUUGCCAUGGGGUGCAGGAACCACUGUCUGUCCUGGGAGGUUCUUUGCUCUUAAUGAGAUGAAGAUGUUUGUGUUCUUGAUGGUCACCCAGUAUGAUAUAGAGUUAAUUGAUCAGGAGGUGAUGAUCCCUUCAAUAAAUGUGAAGCGCUGGGGAAUUGGUGCCACACAGCCAAUACAUGAUGUCCAGUUCCGGUAUCGAAUACGCUUCUAGUUUGAUGGUGAAAACUCUUGCAAAAUCUCAAGGAUGCCAUGAGGGCAAUGGGGUUAAGUGACUUGCCAAGGGUCACACAGCUAGUAAGUGUCAAGUGGUCUGAGGCCGGAUUUAAACUCAGGUACUCCUGAAUCCAGGGCCGGUGCUUUAUCCACUGCGCCACCUAGCCACCCCAUAAUUAUCUUUUUACACCAAGAUAAAUUUUGAACAGUUUUUUUGUUUUGUUUUGUUUGUUUGGUGAGGCAAUUGGGUUAAGUUGACUUGCCCAGGGUCACACAGCUAGUAAGUGUUAAGUGUCUGAGGCCAGAUUAGAACUCAGGUCCUCCUGACUCCAGGGCCGGUGCUCUAUCCACUGCGCCACCUAGCUGCCUCUUGAACAGUUUUUGAGAAAAAGAAAGAUGCUUCAAGGAAUUUUAAGCAAAAAUCUUUUGUAUAAUUUUUAGAAGGCCUGAAAUAUUUUAUUUGUUAGCCAAUCUAUCAUAUUGACAAUUGUUUCUAGCCCUACUAUGAUUAGCGAGACUUUGAUGUUUGAGUUGAAACCUUUUGGGGACCCUUAAUAUUCUUUUUGAGCUUCGUUCUUAGGGUUGCUCUGUCCUUGGGCCAAUCCUAAAAUGAGUGCUUCAAGAAAAAUGCCAGCAGCUCAAUGGGAAUUAUAUCUGAGUUCUAAGGCCAGUGUAUAUCUAUCUGUCCCUGGGAAUAAAGUUGGAAGGGCUUGAUAAGGCUAAGGUUGGACUCUCAAUUCAUUUCCCCAUACAAGAAACCUGCCCAUCUUGUUCCAUCAUACUUGCUACUUAUAGUCAUUCGGAGUGUUGGACAGAGGCCUUUUAGACCAGUAUUGAUGUAUUAUAUUCAUGUCCCUUAUUACCACCUCAGGGUAAUAAGGGUUAAGUGACUUGCCCAGGGUCACACAACUAGUAAAUGUUAAGUGUCUGAGGCCGGAUUUGAACUCAGGUCCUCCUGACUCCUGGGCCAGUGCUUUAUUCACUGCACCACUUAGCUGCCCCCCAUCCCAGAACCUUUUGUUACAAUUGAAGUUAAUUUGGCAACUUUUAAAUGAAUUCCAUGUAUAUUAGAGGUUAUCUUCUUAUAGUGGGUGGGGGGUGGGAAUAGAGGAGGAAGAGAAGUUGGAACAAUUUUUUUUAAAAAAUUGAUGUUAAAAUUUGUUUUUACAUAUAUUUUGGAAAAUAAAAUUCUAUUCAUUUAAAAAAAAAAGUGGUCUGUUAUUGGUUCCUUAGCAGAAUCUUAUCCUCCUGUGGGGGGAAUUAGUAAUUAAAAGAAAAUAACUAAGAGUAAACAAAAGUAAAUAGAGUAAAUAAAAUUUUGGUUUUGGUGGAAAUUUUGUUUUUUAAAAAUAACAAUAAUAAGAUCAGAUAAUUAUAUGUCAAAUAUAAAAAUUGGAUUCAGAAUUUUCUGAUUUUUCAAUUUGUAUUUUAAUUUCCUAAAUAUUUCAACAUGACAUUUUGCCAAUUUACAUCACAAGGCAAUUACAGGUGAUCAACUAACUUUCCUUCCCUUUCUGGAACUUGAAUUUGAGGUAAAGAAUGCAAUAGAUGAACACCAGAAGUCAAAUAAUGCGGGGGUUUAUGCCAAUUUAAAAAGGCAUCUUUCAGUCUUAGCCAUAUAUACGAUGUCAGCAAAUUCCUAACUAAAGGGCUCAUUCUACAAGUCAUAUCCUCAUAGAUUAUUUUUAGAUUCUCCCGUAGCCUGAGGCUGGCAGUAUCUUUAGAUAAGAUAAGAGCAGCAAAGAACAUGGGAAAAUGUAAAUUUCUCUGGUCUAGAAGUUCCUAAUUUGAGGUUCUUAUUAGAGACAGAAAGGUUUGAACUAGUUCUCACUACCUGACCUGGUUAAGCAAACUUGAAUUCUAUUAAGAUAUAUUCUGGGACAGCCAGAUGGUGCCAGUGGACAGAUGCACUGUGGCCCUGGAG